UGAUUUGGAAACGAAAAUAAACAAUAAAAAAACAUUAUCGGGAAAGAAGAGGAAAACAAGUGAAAGUUGUGUAGACAACUGAAAGCAGCUAGCUAGAUCUAGAUCUAAAAUGUAAUAACACUAACAGAAUAAAAAAAGAAAGUUAAUGGGCAAGUAUCAGUGCAUUGAGUGUGGAGCAGAAGUUGAAAGCUUGUUUCAUGAUUACAAUACAGAUGUUAUAAAAAUCCACCACUGUGAUGCAUGUCACUCGGUGGCAGAUAAAUACAUUGAAUAUGAGCCAGUCAUCAUCAUACUUGAUGCUUUGCUGCUCCAGCCUCAGGCCUACAGACAUUUACUGAUCAACACGUCUUUCAAUUCACACUGGAGGCUGGCUUUAAUAUUAUGGAUCUGUGAUGCAUUUACCAAACUCAUACUUGAGCGAAGUGAAAUAACAGGCCAGCAAUUCACUACAAAUUUUGAAUAUAUUAACUACGCUUUUUUAGGAAUGGAACUGUAUUCUAAUUAUAUCAUUGCUGCUGUUGAAUUAUUUGUUCUUAUUGGAGCUGUGCUUGUUAUAUAUGGAACAAGAGAUUUGUUUCAAAAUAAAACCAUAAAACCUUUCAGCACUUCUUUAUUAAUGAAAGCAGUCAUUUGUGCAAGUUUUGGAAGAGUAUUGGCCAUUCCAGCUCUAUUGUGGGGAGACGUGUACAGACAUUUAUAUAUGAUUCUAUGCCAAGUGUUUGUUUUUUUGUCAACGAUGCAAGCAUUAAAAGGUUUCAGAUCAGUAAUCCUAUAUCUGAGAUGAACCGCGUAGUGGUUUCCAGAUCAGACAGUUCUCCGAAUAGUCUUUGGAGAGACUUGUUCAGGUCUCUUGAUUUAGUAUGCAUCAUUGAAGGACAUGGUCAGCAUUCUCUGGUGAUGCUCCACAAGGGCAGGUUUCGAUCGUCCCGACAUUAAACUUCCGGAACAUAUAUUGUCUGAUUUAGUGAGCAAGCUUUUUUUUUUGUGGAAACUAAACAAGUAUAAUCACUAGUCAAUGUUGACUGACUGUAAUUUGACAGAAGUCACACACAGGGGUAACAACUAGUAAGAUAGUUUCACAGUUCCGAAACAUUAUGCAUGAGUGUAAAAAGGAAAAUACUGCACAUUAAGUACAACUGUAUAUUUGUGGGGAUAUUGUGAAAUAAAAAAACAACAGCAAUUAAAAAAAACAAUGUAAAAUUGUUUUCAAAAACUGCUAACUCUUGUUGUAAUUGUUCAACGUGGAGUAUGGAAAAAAAAAGAAAGAAUGAAUAUAAUACAGUGUAAAUAUGAGUUAAAAGACAUUCUACACAGUUAGCUAGCGGCCCGCCAUUCCCAAACCUUUUUUAAUGCGGCCCUCAAUACAAAAAGGUUGCCCACCCCUGCUUUAGAAUAAAAAGAUAGCUUCUAAAAUACUCAUUUUCACUGGUAGGCUUAAUACACUAAGUUAUCUGCACUUUCAUUUCAAAAUGUCCAUAAGAAAUAAUCUAAAAAAAAAUUGAAUACAUAAUAAACAAUAGAUAUUUGUGAAGCUGAUGACUGAAUGAUACAUAAAUACAUUUUUUUUUAUCCCAUCCCUAUCCCGCCACUUUCCAACCAAAAAAAUUCUUGUUGUGCUCAUGUAUAAAUCUACUCAGAGUAUAUACAAUUAUAGUUAGGUGAUAUAGAUCCAGACUUGAUAACAUUAAAUGACAGUAGUGUAUACUAGAAUACUGGAUCUAGUUAGAGAUAUGGUAUAGAAGAUUCUAGUUUGCUGAUAUAGAUCUAGGCCUAGAAAGAUAAAAACACAGUAGUCUGGACUGAUUUUUUUUUACAUAAGACCAUAAUUAUCUUGAAUGCCCAUUUUUUAAAAUUAUUUUAAAAUAUAUGCUGAAAUUUCCAAAGAAUUUGCAAACUAAUCAGAGGAAUUGUAAAAAAAAAAAAAAGAAAAGCUUUACACUAUUAUAAUACACAUCUAGUUUUCACUAAAAAAAAAAGUGACUAUCCUUGACUCUUGCUCUAAAUAAGACACAAUGAGCUCUUCUUAAAUGAAAGUUUAAAAAACUGCAGUUUGCAUCCUAACACAUCCUACUGCAUUAGGUAUCUACUGCAAACAACUCAUCGUACUGCACUAUUGAGUCAACAUUAAUGUCAGCAGAGGUUUGAAAUCUAAUUUAAAAAGAAGAAAAUUGUGUAUUGGUCUGGCUUUAGGUUAUUAAUAAAAAAAAAAUCAACAACACAACUUGACUUUUAGUAUUGCUUAGAUAAUUUAAUAGGUGUAGCUCAGGAUAGAAUUAAUCAGGAGUUGGGAUGUCUAGGAAUUCUAACAGAAGAGUUUAGUAUUUAGUAUUAAAAUGCAUUAUUGCUUAGCCAAUGGGUAAACGCUAGAUGAAAAUAGUGUCAAAUUUAUUUUGUUUAUUAAGGGAUGAAAUAACCAAGUGCUGAAAAGUAAAAAGUCUUGUGCUAACCAUUUUUCAAGCUCUUGACGUUACUCAGGGAGAAAUAAAUAAAUCUACCUCAAAAAGUUCUACUUUGUCACUUAUGUUUCCUACCUUGGCUUGAUGACUUUUUUCCCAGGGAAAACACUUUCACAUCACCAUUUCCAAUUGCAACUUUAAAAUUGAACACAGAAACAUAUAUGAGUGUGGUUAAAUGGUGCCUGAGCGGUAGAGUGUCCUGGGUUCAAAUCCUGGUGUAAACUGUGAUUUUCAAAUUUAGGAACUUAAUUUUUUUUUUUACUAAAUGCUCUUAAAAAAUGUGUGUUCUUUGGACCGCUGUUGCCUCAAGCUUAAUUAUGUUAAACAUAUUUAAUGUAUUAAUUUUAUCAUCUUAAAGAAUAGAAGUAUUUUAGAAGAUAUCCUUAUGGGAUAUAGUAAUAAUGUCUUGGGCAUUUCACAGAUGCCCAAGUCAAUUAAGUGUCAUAUUUUUAACCAAAUUAUGGCUGGGAUGUCUUGCGAAGCUUUUCAAUCAGUAAAAUCAUUGCUUACUUUAAAAAAUAUUCCUUUAAAAUGAAAUAUUUUUCACUAAUUGAUACUUAAUUGAUCGGCUUAUCACUCAAUAUAUGAUAAAACUAUUGACAAUUUCAUUAUGAGCUGAUUUACAUUCUACCUUUUUGACUGACUAGAUUUGGAUAUUGCUAUUGUAUAAUUUUAGAAUCAUUUCUGCAAUGCCCAUUUCUAACAAUAUUGUAUGGAAUGUUUUUAUUGUUGAU